ACUUUCGAAUUUUUUGUUCAUUUAAAGCAUUGGUUUUUCUUUAAUUUUCUGGACUGAUGUUUGUGGUUAUGAUCUAGAUUGUUGGUUGUUUUAAUUUGUCCACAGGAAUGCAAAACAUGGAUUGGAGUUCUUUUAGGUGUGUCAUGGUUUCAAUAGGGUUUGAUUGCUGUGAUUGUAGGCCAUCCAUUGGCCUUGAAACACAUAACCAAUGCUCAUCGAACAAGCAAAAAACAAUUAGAAAGGCACUGUCAUCAAGAGAAAUUAAGGAUGAUUCUGUUAUUGGACCAUAAGGUUUUAAUCUCUUGGAGGUGCUCAAUUUCAGUCAGCUGGGAGAAUGACAGGAUGUUGAUCAGUCUAUUAUACCUUGAGUCUCUUUCUGUUGAGUUGUCAUCGCUAAGCAGUACCUCAGACUCCAGGGACAUCUUAACCCAUAGUGACUCUUAACUCCUUGAAGCAGGGAAUUCAAGAUGAAAACCAGAAGAGUCAAACAUGACAACCAGUAGCUAACCAUGGAGAUCAAUGGUAUAGUAUUGUAGACCAAGUUGUGGCGAACGUGAUUUGUUCAAUAGGGUUUUUUGUCUUGAAAUGGUGAUGAAGAGAUUUGAACCCACUUUCCAACAUAGGUCGCAUCUCUCCUGACAACUCAGCCAACACUAGCAGUGUCAUUUGUGCUAGCAACCCAGUGAUGAUAUGGCAAGUCUCCAAAGUGAAGAAAUGUCAUCCAGACCAAUCAAUGCAAAGUGGAAGAUGCAUAAAUAUUUAAGGCGAUCAAGUGCCAUACUCUGUCAAAGUAGUUCGCUUAACUAACAGACAUGAAAUAUGGAAGGCCGAGUUAAACUUGCUAAUGCUGUCUUGAAUUUUGCUUGCAAUAAUGGAUGUAUUUGCUAUUGAGUCCAAAAGAGCGUUGUGAGAUUGGGUGUAUUGGGAAGCUUCUAUCGAAGCUAGGAUAGAGAUUCUAGCAAUUGUAUCCAUUUCUUUACAUGGUAAAUUUCUACUCGGCUCUUCCAGUGAAAUUUUGUAGUUGUUCUUUUACUGUUCUUCACCAGAAAAAUUUAUCUUCAAUGGAUAAAGAUUGUGAUGUUCC